UCGACGAUUCGUGUUCACAUCGAGCUAACUGCAGACGACUGCGGCUGUAUAGACACAAAUACGCAACGACACGCUGAAAUUGCUUACUUUACUGCGAACCGUUGGCUUCUUUAUUUCAUUCCUGCUUAUUUGUUAGUAGGGAAUUGGUUCGUGUCAAAGUUUCGUAGGCAUAUAUAUUAUGCUGACUAUCAAAAUGACGAAGGGUCGAGUGUUGCUGUUAUAUACGUGCUGUACUUUGAUUCUGGGAUUCGUUAGCGGAUAUGUCCGUAACCCCAUUGACAGAGACACACAAUAUGAAGAUGUUUACCAAGAAACCGAUAGUGAGGAUCAGCGUAGAGAAGCCUCGGAUGACAAAUAUGAGAAUUGGCCAGGACGCUGGAUGCCAUCGAGACCUGGAGAUCCAAAACCCCCUCCGAAGGUUCUGCAUAAAACUGGAAACUUCAAGGAUUCCAAUUUCGAAAAAGAUCCAGUUGACAGAGUGGGCAUGGGAAUGCAAGAGAGUGAGUGCGACGAUGGAGAAACUAACUUGAGAGUUGAUUGGGAUGCGUCGCCAGUUAACUACACUUGCUACGGUGAAAGGAUUGUGCCGGACUAUUCCAUUAGACCUAUGGUAUACUGUGAACGUAUACCGUCAGGAUAUACGGCAAUCCACAAGUGUAUGACUGAAACGAUCGAAUACGACGAUGAUAUUCCUAUGUACGGAGCACACAGACCAGUUUGGCCUGUUUACGGAGAAUACCAUUUCAUACCAAGACAAAGGUGGAUUCAUAGUUUGGAGCAUGGUGGAAUAGUUAUGUUGUAUCAUCCCUGCGCUAAUCCACUAGAGGUAAAACGUUUGAAAAAACUGGUGGCCGGUUGUCUACGACGACAUAUUAUAACACCAUACACGCUUUUAGAUGAGGAACGACCUCUGGCAUUGGUAAGUUGGGGCUGCCGGUUGACAAUGUCGUAUGUGAAUCCUUCUGUGGUACAACAAUUCAUUAGUAAAAGAGCAUUGCGUGGCGCUGAAGCAAUCUCUGAUGAUGGCGAUUUUACCGAAUUUCUUAUACAGGCGUCUAAAACGGUUACUGACCAAGAGGAUACAACUUUGUGUCCGAAUAUAAAACUGAUGUCAGAGUAAAGAUUCUUCAGAGUCAUUUUUGUCUACUUUGCAUGUGAAACAAUGUGUCGACACUUUCAAUCUUUGCUACUUAUCGUUCAUUAAUCUCAGAUCAUAUCAAUGGGAAAUGAACUCUACGCCCAAAUCUCAAUGUCAUUCGUGCUCCAUAGGUUCUAAGAAUUCCUUACAAAAAUAUUCACAUGUAUGUGUACGUAUUGCGUUAAAUGUAACAUUAUAUUUAUUUAUAUUAUAUUUACAACCAUUCCGAAGAGAAGUGAAGUCUCAAUCUAAUUGUAAGAUCUCUUACAUCGUGUGAUAUGGGUACAGAUAUGGACCGAUCUGUACUAACGUGAGGUGAAGUAUCUUACGAUUAUGAAUAAAUUCCUCUAAUUUCAAA